AUGGUAUUCAACGUAAGUCAUUUUGGUCAAUUAAUAUUUCGAACAUUACCAACACAAUCAAAACGAUUUCUGGUGACAGCACCUGCUGUAACAAAUGGUAUUCAAGUUCGAGAAGCAAUACGACAAGCAUUAGAUGAAGAAAUGGCAGCAGAUGAACGAGUAUUCUUAUUAGGUGAAGAAGUAGCACAUUAUGAAGGUGCUUACAAGUGUUCAAAAGGUAUCAUGAAAAAGUAUGGUGAGAAACGUUGCUUCGAUACACCAAUUUCUGAAAUGGGUUUUGCUGGAAUGGCUGUUGGAGCAGCAUUUCUAGGACUACGUCCAAUAUGUGAAAUGAUGACAUUUAAUUUUUCAAUGCAGUGUAUUGAUCACAUUAUUAAUAGCGCAGCUAAAACUUAUUAUAUGUCAGCUGGUCGAGUAAAUGUACCAAUUGUCUUUCGUGGACCAAAUGGGCCGACACCAGGUGUAGCAGCCCAGCAUACACAAGAUUUUUCAUCAUGGUUCGCAUUCUGUCCUGGUUUAAAAGUUGUGAUACCAUAUAAUUCUGAAGAUGCAAAAGGACUUUUAAAAGCUGCUAUACAAGAUGAUAACCCAGUUGUAAUGUUGGAAGAUGAACUUUUAUAUGGGCAUACAUUCCCGGUAUCAUCCGAGGUUCUUUCUUCAAACUUUGUAAUUCCAAUUGGUGAAGCAAAAAUUGAAGUGCCAGGCACCGAUGUUACAAUUGUUUCGUAUGGUAAAUCGAUGGCGCAAGCUUUUGAUGGUACCGAAAAGUUAGCUAAGCUAGGUAUUCAUGCUGAGCUAAUAAAUUUACGAACACUUCGACCAUUGGACAGUGAAUGCAUUAAGAAGUCGGUGAAGAAAACGCAUCGAUUAAUAACUGUUGAAGUUGGCUGGCCAUUUUGUAAUAUUGGCGCUGAAAUAAGUGCUCAAAUGGCCGAAUCUGAUGUAUUCGAUUCCUUAGAUGCACCAAUUCAACGUGUAACAGGUGUUGAUAUUCCAAUGCCAUAUUCAGAAGCUGUUGAAGUAUAUUCGAUGCCAAAAGGUGAUCAUGUUGUAAAAGCAGCUAAGAAAAUUCUAAAUAUUUCAUAA